AUGUCUGACUUUUGGUUAACGGAGUAUAUCCCCCACCUGGUGGUACAACCCGCCGAUGCGCGUCUAAACCCACCCGAGGGCUACCUUUUCGUUCAGGAUGGUCUUAUUAUCUCCUGCGGGGUAUUAUACGCCCUUUUAUAUGUAUUUCUUAUGAUGCGAGUUGUUAAAGAUGGGGUUUUACCCGGAUCAAUCAAGUUCCUGUCUUUGACAUUGGCGUAUGAAUUAUACUACGCUUUUGCGACUACAUCAACGCGGCUGGAGAGAAUAUGCUUUCUUGUUUGGUUUGAGCUUGACCUCGCGUUUGUCGCGCUUGCUCUCUGGCGUGUCCAUGGCCCCGAUCAAGGAAAGCGCAUUGCCGGAGAGAUGCUUGUAUACUGUAUAACAGCUCUAGCAGGGUUGAGGUACUUGGGAUAUCUCUACCCAGAUGACCGCGAGCAGAUUACAGCAUAUUGGACUGGUAUCCUCUUGCAGCUUCCGGCUGGGUGGGUGUACGUGUAUGGGCUGGUGAAACAUCGUUCUCUACUGGGCCAUUCCCUUGAGACUUGGUACGCAGCUUGCUUUUCCCGGUGCCGUGGUUGCCUCACGGCUUAUGGUCUUUUUAUAUGGCGAUAUCUCAACAUCCCUCGAAACUGGGAGUAUGUGGGAUCAUUUUGGAAUAUCGCGGUUAUUGUGAUUACGCUUAUUCCGGAGACAGUAUAUCCUUUCCUAUAUAUUUGGGUAUUUAAUCAGAACAAAAGCAAGGUGAAAAGGGGUUAG